UUGGAUACUUCCUCUCUAAAUCUGUGUGGUGUGCCAUGAAAUUGCUACUGUGCAGUGACUUACUUCUGGCCAACCACUUAGUCUUUACUUUUUUUGGCUUCUUUCCACCAGCCCAUAUUUUGAGGUCUUUGGCUGUUGUUUUAGUCUUUCCAACAGGGAGACUUUUUAUGUCAAUCAUUGUUAUAUCAUUCUUGCCCCAAACCAAAAGCUAAGUCAUUCAAAAGUGCAUUCAUGUGUCAAGUCCUUCAAACCCAAACAUUCAGACACCGACAGAUAUGGCUAUGUUCUAUACUGUGUGAGUGUAGGCACUGUUGACUUCAGAGGUUGUUCUGUUGACACUCAGGAAAUGUACUUUGGCAUGCUUUUUUUUCCACUGUGUGCCUCCUAGUGUUGUUCUAUUUUAGUUCCAUGGUUUAGUGAGAAGGCAGGGUGCUCUUGCUUUCUUGUGGUAAUCUUGGAGCUUUAAUGGGUUGUCUAAUGUUGGUAUCACAAUAGGAAGCUUACAUGGUUAUAGCUGCUUGGGAGAGGAGGGAGUUUGGAGCAAUCAGAAUUGUCUCUGUUACAUCCAUGUGAUAGCUACUGUUUCCACUGCUGGUGCUCCUUGAUCAUCACUAGUUUUGCUUGUCUGAUUUUUGUAAGAUAUAGAGAAAUAUCUCAAUGUCCUAUAAUCCCCUAACAGCUUACUAACAUGCAAUGGAGUAUUUUUAAAUCAUUCUUUCAUCUCUGUCUUUAUUUUCUUUCUAUCAGCUGUGUAGUGGCUAUUUAUCAAAAAUCCAAGAGCCACUUAUGCACCAUGGGUGUGUAAUGUAUACAGACAAAAGAAGUUCAUUGUCCAAACAACAUCUGUAGUUUUUGCUGGUUUAUUUAUCCAUUUCAAGCAAGGAAACAAAAUAACAAAAGAAUCUGGUGAAAAACCAUAGGCAUUACACUCUGUAUGUUUGGGGGGUUUGAUAAAUAUUUUCACACAUAUCAUUAACAUUAAAUGUGAACACUGUUGACUGGGCUGAUGUAUUUUAAUGUUUGAUGGGUGGUAGUUAAAUGUCAAAACAACCAAGUUUGUCUUUUAAGAAAGCUUUAAAAAUACAGAGACAACACAGUACAGUUUGAAAAUGGUCAUCAAAGCCUUAUGUAAGCUAUUGGUGAAAGUACUGUGCUGCCGACGUUUAGAAUAGAAAGCUGUUAGUUGGAUAGUUUCCAUGAUUCUUGAUUAGGGCUUGGUGUCUGGACUAAGGUCAUGGUGUUAAGACUGGAUUACCAUGCUGUCUGGAGACAGUUCCUCAGAGAGUUAUUUAUGGCCACCCUUCUUUAUUAAAGUAAAUAAAAAAGUGCAUCUUGUUAUUGUCUGUUAGAUCUGAGUAAACAAAAGAAUGUUCUGCAUUUGUUGCAAAGAUUUUGAAGACUGGAGAAAAUGUGUCUACUGGGGACAUUUUUUGGCACGACAGGACUUCCAAUGGCCUUUUUCUGACAUAGAUGUAAUGGGAUGUGUGACAACAGUGGUUACCAGAAAACACCUCCUGUAAUCUUAAAGCGGAUCUUUAGAUGUGCUGCCAGGCAGGAUGGACUCUGUAUGGAAGGAUUGGCUGCUGCUUUCUACCAGUCCCCUGGAGAGACACAUGUAUUGAGCUGACCUUCAUACCUGAUGUCCUCAUCAAGGCAUUUGGGAGUAGGUUUUCUAGAGAUGGUCUGGCACUCGCCACGACACAGAUCACUGCAGCAGUCCUAGAGGAUUUGAUCUGAUUGAAUGUGUGGGGGAGAGUGGAAUAGAGGCGGGAGCAGGGAUUAUUAAAGGCUUAGGGCUUAUAGUGCUCUGCACUCUGUGCCUCUCUCGCAGAUGCAGGGAGAGAAAAUGAUAGAUGCCUCGUCCAUGGCUGGCAGGCUGACGACCAUUAGGUCACUGGACAGUUUGUAUCUCAUUGAGAGGCUUUUUGGACUCAUUUUAAGUGGGUGAGUCUGGAAGAUAUAAGGAGCCAUGAAGGACCCAUGUCGUAUAUGUGGUGUUCGUCUGGUCGGUAGCCAGUGUCGCUGGAUCUUCAGCUCAUCAGCACAGAGGAAGCUACAAGUCAUCUUGUCCCAUGUGCUGGGCUGGGAGGUGACUCGUGAUGGGCGUGGAGAAUUCCUCUGUGGGAAAUGUGUUUUCCAGUUGGAGAAAGUGGUACAGUGUGACAUUAACAUCAGCCAGCUGCGGGAUGAACACAACAGUCAGAUCCAGAAGCUGCAGGCGGAGAAAGAACACCUGAUCCAGUGCAUCGUACACAUCUACAACAAAAACAACACAAGCUUGGACAACAGUAAUGGGGAGAGGACCAGGUGCAAGACUCCACCCAGGUCCUUCGGGCUGGGUAGUCCUGAUGAUGAGGUUGUAUGUCAGCUGGCCUCUGAAGGACAGCAAUUCAGGGAGACUAGAAGUGGUCACUUGGAGAAUCGCAUGAGAAGGUGUGUGAGUCUGGAUGGAAUUGUUAGUAGAGGGUCAGGACGUUCGGGCCUCAGGAGCAACAGGCUAGGAUCAGGGGCAGGCCUUGAUGGCUCUAUGAAGAGCUUUGGUCUCCGAGGCACACGCCACCGUUCACAGAGCACGUACUUUGACCUGGUCCAACGUAAGGGCACGCUGCCUAGACCAGGAUUCAAAACUCGCUCCACAUCCCUGCAGUCCCUGAAUCGAGACUUGUCCUCAGACAGUUCUUCAGACCCUCCAUCCAAAGUAAAACUCAGAGAGACCAAGGUGUUUGUUGCCAGACGUGAUGGAGCCGCUGGUGACCCAGGAGGAAAGAUUCAGGCCAGAGCACUGCGCCACAGCUCCUCGAGUCAGCCUUCUGUGAUCUCUGACUUGAUCCAGCUCUUACGCUGCAUCUCCAGGCAACAAGUCUCUGCCCCUGCAGGGAGCCGCAUCCCUGUCCUGAAGAGGUUAAGUACUGGCCACCUCAACCCCCGAGCAAAGCGCAGACACAGAGAGACAGAAUGGAAGUCUCUACAUGACCUUACAGAGGAAUUUGAUGAUGAAUACACCUCUGUCAGAGUGGAGGUAGUUCUUUUUAGUAAUUCCCGCUGGCCAAACCACUGUAGCACUGGUAAUGAGCUGUGACAUAAAACAACUUUGUUGCUAAACAUUCUCGCUGGUAUUAAUUCAAUUUCCCUUUCCUGUGUGUGUGCGUGCUCUCUGGGUUUG